AUGGCGACCACGAACACCACUGUCGGGUCCGCAUCGUGGAUCACUGCCGAAAAAGAGAACGCUCUUCAGCUCUUACAGAAUGAAAGAGAAGAGAUUGUCUUCCCGGCACAACACCAACUUCAAUGGCUCAACGAACACAUGGCUGAGAUUUUUAGCAAGAGCAAUGUUGACAUGGCCAAUGUCUUUAAAACUCCCGGCAAAGUGCGCGGCAAGACUCCCCGAACGGCGAGAAAACGCAAUGUCCCUGGUGUAGAUGCUCGCAUUGUAAGUCUGCUUACAACUUGUUUACAAACGCCUCUGACAUUGGAACAACAGCCACUGAGUGAUGUCUUCUCAUCCAAACCUGUAAUACGCCAAAGUCCACAGAAGGUAGUACAGCAUAACAAACCGCGCUUUGAAAUUGCUACAGACAAUGCUGAACAAACUCAGCAAACAUACAAAUCGCAGGCAGAUUCUGGUUAUCACACAUCGAGUCAAGAUAUGGAUCUCGACCAGCACACAAAUAUGUCGCCUAUUGUCCAACCAUCGGAGACACAAGACUUGAUUAUGUCUGAUGUAAUGACUGAGCAAGAUCUACCUGAUGUUCACGAAGAACACCGGACAACUGAAGGUUCUUUCCAUUCCGCAAAGGAAGAUCAGACAACCAAGCUGGGCAAUUGCGAAAACACCAAGGCACACUUGGCAAUUAUCUCAGACCCUAUCAUACCAAGUGAUGAACCUACAACGACGAACAAACCACACCAAACCAUAUCGCAAGAGCUUGAUGAUGACGUUGGCUCUCCCUCAGACCAAUCUAGUCCCGAACGACCUCUGGUUCGAAAGAGCAGCCUCACUUUUGCCGCCUUACCAGCCCGCGAACCCAUGAAAUCUAGUAUUGGAGCGAGAAUAUCCAGGACAAGCCAUGUUGACCAAGCCCGACCUCUAUCCACCAAUCCCUAUGCUCCGCGAUCAACGAUCUUGACAGACAAUCAGGAAGCCCAUCCCGCGAGACCUCAAGAUGAAGAUACAACAAUGAGAGACGAUGUCGACAUGGGGGAUACGACUGACGACGAAAAUGUGGAAAUCCUGGGCCACGACGAUUCAGAUGAGGAAGUUCAGAUGUCCAAAACUCACUCGAAAUCAUCAACCCAACGACUUCAUGAAAAGAUUGACAUGCUUGGAAAAGCCCCCCCUCCACGACCCUCUAAGUCGAUAUCUUCCACUCUUGCUAACAUCAAGAACACUGAGUCGACUGCUUACACGGAAGGCCAUGCCAAACAUACCAAUCAGACAAUUGACGAUGAUGACGACUGGAUCAAACCACUUACCUCUCCAAAUGCUGUAUCAUCACCUGCUAAGGGCUUGGGGUCGAGAUAUGAAGAUGACACGGAAGAAGAAGAGUUUGACAUUCGCGCUCCCGAGUUGAUUGCUCACGAAGAAAGGAUGAGAACACCGGUUGGUUCUCCAGCUCCUGUCAGAUUGAUGCCGGGUUAUGGACACGCAAAAUCUGCCUCGACUGCAACUUUGGCAUCCCCUGCAAAGGCUGCAAUGGCUCCUCCAGCAAGUCCUGCAAAAUCUAUCUCCAUAUCUAAUCCAUCCUACGGCCAUACCACCACUCCACAAGGUUCACCGCGACGAUAUCUCGACUUGAGUGCUUCCAAGUCAAGGCUCCAAUCUAUCAUGAAGACUGCAAAAGGAUUAUUCACGACUAGUGCAAGCAUAUCUGCGGCGGCUAAAAUGGAGACUCUUUCACCACAAGCCUUGAGAACUGCAGCGAGCAAUAUGCCAGGAAUGUAUCCCAACCUCAAUGCAUUGAUUCAAGAUAAGCCUUUACCUACAAGCCCCAAAGAUUCGAGAAGAACCCGCAGCUCGAGCGAGCGGGAAAAGCAGGAGCAACGGAAGGAGAAAGAAGCAGUUGUGAAACAGAAGAUGGAGGAUCAACUUGAAAAGGCACGCGAAACUGAGAGACGACACGCCGCGGAACAGAGAGCAGCGCAUGAGAAGGCACUCAGAGCAAAGGUACCCGAGCCACCGCAAUCAAGCCCACGACGACAGAAUGAAGAGCGAUUCGAUAUGGCAGACGCACCACCACCAGGUAUGAAGACUGGACGACCUGUGCGCCCUGGUAGAGAUCCCCCAAUCAACAAAGCGAAGCCAGCACCGGUUUCGAUCCGAGUGGGAACCCUCUCGCAGCGAAUGCCAAUGGGUGGACCAUCGUCUUCGUCAAAUGUCCAAGAGACACUCCCUGUUGAGCCUAAACGCCCUGGACUGGCCAAGAAGGCAAGCACUGCGUCUUUGCAAUCAGCAACUUCAACGACACUCAAAUCUUCUGUGCAUGGACAAGCACCCAAACCGCGAGCACUUGUAGCCGCAGAGCGAAAGAAGGAGCAAGACGAGCGUGAAGCGCAGAGAAAGCUGGAGCUCAAGCGAGAAUUGGAACGAAAGCGCGCGGCUCAACAGGAACAAGCCCGGAAGGAAGAACAACGUCAACGCGCAGAAGCGGAGAAGAAGGAGCGAGAACGAGUGGCUGCUGAGCAAGCCAAGAGACAAGCUCAGCAGCAGGCGAUUGAACGCAAACGACAGGAGGCGGCUCGAAAGGCGGAACAGCAACGACUUGAUCGUGCUGCUAAUGAGGCUUCUGCAGCGAGACCUGCUUCUCGACUCGCCGGUCAAACAGCAAAUCGUGCUUUUGUCAAUCAUGCAUUGCCCACCAAUCCUGCCAAGCCAGCAAAGAGACCUUUAGAGGAAGAAGCUGGGCCCUCGCGCCCCCAGGCACCGAAGUACGGCGACGCUAAGCGGAGAAAGACCGAGGAUGAAAGUAUUAUUGAAGCGUCGUCACGACCCAUGGUCUCAGGAGCUCCUAUUCGCCAGUCACAGCUUGGAAAGAAGCCGUCAAUCUUCAAUCACGGUGCAUACGGACCAGCACAACAAGCUGGCCAUCUGAGCCAGUUCCCCCAACCACCCAGUCGAGCCGCACCUCCACAAAUGCAGCAGUAUGGCGCUGGGGGUAAGAUUCCAUUUGCAGAUGCACCGAACCCACCUCCACACACCAAGACUCCAGCAUCGAUCGUCAAGAAGAAGACAAUUCAAGCAGUCAGAUCAUCGCCCCAGUAUCCUAACGGUGAUGCUAUUCAUCUACCUGAAAUUCCCACGGACUCUGAAGAUGAAGAUUCCGAUGAUGACGGCAAUGCUUUCCCGAUCCCUGAUUGGGCCACUCCGGGUCAUCUUACUGCACAACUGAUGCGGCAGGAAGGCAUGGAUGGCGAUGCAGUUUUCGGACCGAUCGCCCCCUUGAAAAUGGAAGAAAUCUUCGCCAAAGGCAACAAAGAUAGACUCAAGAACCUUCGAGUGCGAACCAGCAGCGCCAACUGGGCUAUGAGUGGUGAUGGAUUGACACUGGAAGAAGUUCGACAUGACAGAGAGCAGAGAGAGCGGAUGAGAGUUCAAGGGGGUUGGAGAUUUGGCAAUGGACAGUGA